AUUAGUGGGUCAUUACAGCAACCACCCCAUCCUGGUCCCCCCCGGGUCCCGGGGGCGGCUGGCCGUCACAUGCCAAAGGCUGGAAUUCCCCGAGAUCGCCCCCUCAAAAAGCAGGGCCCAAAGCUGAAGUGGCCCCGCCCAAAUACCCGACCGAAUCCGAUAAAACAGCAAAGGGCCAACUGGCGGCGUUCCCGAGCGCCUUGGGCCCCCGUUGAGAAGCAAAGAACCCCCCACAGAGGGAAAAUGGGAGUGUACAACCAACUUUUAAAGCCCUUUAUGAGGCACCUCAUGACCAACCCAAAAAUCGGCCCGGGUCCAGGGGUCACAAGGACGUGGUAUCAGGCCCCGGGAAACAAAAACCCUAAGACAAAAAAUGUCAGACCCCUAGAACAAGAUAACGAGCUGUUUGCAAAAAAAACUCCUGGCGUCUCCACAGCCAGGCCUAAAGGAGAAACCAGGGGGUCAUUGCAACCAUACCCCCCGGGGAGCCUAAUAUUACACAGACGGAUCGGCGACCCCUUUGACCCACCUGCGGGGCCCCCGGUUUGCAGAAAGGGGCCACAAUAUCCUGAGGGAACAGACAACGCCCCCUCGCUAAAGGCAGGGGUAGUUGCACAUGGGAGCACUGAGACCCGUCCAGGAGAAAGCUUCACAGGAGGAACGGGGGACUUUCCCCCCGGCCGUGGUCUCAGUGCCCAGGCAAAACCAGGGCACUUCAAAAAUAACAACAGAGGUCCCAAAGUCUUCCCUGCACAAAAUCGCCUAGGUUACCACUCAAGAAAGAACGAGAUCAGCACCCCCGACCCUCCAGCAAGCAAAACAGUGCAGCCCCCACAAGGAUGCCAGUCCUUAGCGACCGGGAGCUCCCGGCUCCCCGUUGAUUCUGAUUCACUUAAACCCAGCCAUACCUUUCCAAUGGUACAAGGGUUUUUGUUGCCCAAACCUGAACAGCGACCCCCUUCCUCCUCGAUGGCCAAAGAACACUCGCAGAAAAAGGCUUCAAACCUCUCCCUUUCCCCUAGGGCUAAGGCUAAAAGCACGUCGUGGCGAAAAAAAAUCGACAAAAAAAUCCGCCCCAAUCGUGCGAGUCUACCGGCGAAUCUCGGCCAAAAAGACGUCACUGUCGUUGAUGUUUUCAAACCCCAGAGUCAAGCAUUGUUUGACCAAGCCCCAAAUGCUACAGAUUCAAUCACUCUAAAAAACACUGCACACCGAACAGAGACAGCAGAUGUGGGGAAAAAGGAACUUCUUUGCCCCGAAAAAAGACCAUAG